CGUUUGUAAAGAUUUUGGGCCUGCCCGCCCCUUUACAGCUUCCGCCUCUCUCUCCCACCAUUGACUCUCUCUCUCUCUCUCUCUCUCUCUCUGUCCGGAAUCAUCCUAUAUUUCUGUGAAUGUGCACUUUCGGAGAAGAGGAGGAGGAGAGAGGAAACAAAUAAAAGGGCUGUGGCUUGCAGCUAAAUCAAUUACCAUCACACACACACACACACACACACACAUCUUUUCCCUUUCUAAUUUCCUUGCAUUAUUUUGUAAUCUUUUUUUUAGAUAUUUUUCUUUUCUUCUUUUAAUCUGGUCGGACUCCGGAGACAAGAAGUAACCUCUGUUACAUACAGAUCUGAGAAACCGAGCUCUGCUUAAUUUAUCAAUCACCUACUUUUCAACCGAUCUGUGAGAAGAAUCAAUCCAAAGAUCGCAGCGACAGUGUAAUCCGACGAAAUGAAUACCGGUGGUCGGUUAGUCGCCGGUUCACACAACAGGAACGAGUUUGUUCUGAUUAAUGCCGAUGAGAGUGCCCGAAUAAGAUCAGUGCAGGAGCUGAGUGGGCAGACGUGUAAAAUCUGCAGAGACGAGAUCGAAUUGACCGUCGAUGGAGAGCCUUUCGUGGCGUGUAACGAGUGUGCAUUCCCUGUUUGCAGACCUUGCUAUGAGUAUGAGAGGCGUGAAGGCAAUCAAGCUUGUCCUCAGUGCAAAACCCGUUACAAACGGAUCAAAGGAAGUCCAAGAGUUGAAAAUGAUGAAGAGGAAGAUGACAUUGACGAUUUAGACAAUGAGUUUGAGUACGAGAACGGUGGGGUUGGAUUCGAUCAGGUCUCUGAGGGGAUGUCUGUCUCUCGUCGCCACUCUGGUUUCCCACAGUCUGAUUUGGAUUCAGCUCCUCCUGGCUCUCAGAUUCCAUUGCUCACUUAUGGCGACGAGGACAUUGAGAUUUCUUCUGACAGACAUGCUCUCAUCGUUCCUCCUUCAAUUGGUGGUCACAGCAAUAAAAGUCACCCAGCUUCUCUCUCUGACCCAACCAUUGCUGCACAUCCGAGACCUAUGGUUCCUCAGAAAGAUCUUGCUGUCUACGGUUACGGAAGUGUGGCUUGGAAAGAUCGUAUGGAGGACUGGAAAAAGAAGCAGAAUGAGAAACUCCAGGUGGUUAGACACGAAGGAGAUCCUGAUUUUGAAGAUGGUGAUGAUAUCCCAAUGAUGGAUGAGGGAAGGCAGCCAUUGUCUAGGAAGAUACCAAUCAAAUCAAGCAAGAUCAAUCCAUACAGGAUGUUGAUUGUUCUGCGUCUUGUGAUUCUUGGUCUCUUCUUUCACUACCGUAUUCUUCACCCUGUCAAAGAUGCUUACGCACUCUGGCUUAUCUCCGUCAUCUGUGAGAUAUGGUUUGCUGUUUCGUGGGUUCUUGAUCAGUUCCCUAAGUGGUACCCUAUCGAGCGAGAAACAUACUUGGACAGACUCUCACUAAGAUAUGAGAAAGAAGGCAAACCAUCGGAGCUAUCAGCUGUGGAUGUAUUUGUCAGUACGGUGGAUCCGUUGAAAGAGCCUCCACUUAUUACAGCGAACACUGUCUUGUCUAUUCUUGCGGUUGACUAUCCAGUUGAUAGGGUUGCUUGUUAUGUAUCUGAUGAUGGUGCUGCUAUGCUUACUUUUGAAGCUCUCUCAGAGACUGCUGAGUUCGCGAGGAAAUGGGUUCCUUUCUGUAAGAAGUACUGUAUCGAGCCGCGUGCUCCUGAGUGGUACUUCUGCCAUAAGAUGGACUACUUGAAGAAUAAAGUCCAUCCUGCUUUUGUCAGGGAACGCCGAGCCAUGAAGAGAGAUUAUGAAGAAUUCAAAGUAAAGAUCAAUGCUUUAGUAGCGACGGCACAGAAAGUGCCUGAGGAAGGUUGGACUAUGCAAGAUGGUACACCUUGGCCUGGUAAUAGUGUAAGAGAUCAUCCUGGCAUGAUUCAGGUGUUCCUUGGAAGUGAUGGUGUACGUGAUGUGGAAAACAACGAGUUGCCUCGGUUGGUUUAUGUCUCUCGUGAGAAGAGACCUGGAUUUGAUCAUCAUAAGAAGGCUGGAGCUAUGAAUUCACUGAUACGUGUCUCGGGGGUUCUAUCAAACGCUCCGUAUCUUCUGAACGUCGACUGUGAUCACUACAUCAACAAUAGCAAAGCUCUUAGAGAAGCAAUGUGUUUCAUGAUGGAUCCUCAGUCCGGAAAGAAAAUCUGUUACGUUCAGUUCCCUCAAAGAUUCGAUGGGAUUGAUAGGCACGAUCGAUACUCUAAUCGCAAUGUUGUCUUCUUCGAUAUCAAUAUGAAGGGUUUGGAUGGGUUACAAGGGCCUAUAUACGUUGGGACAGGUUGUGUUUUCAGGAGGCAAGCGCUUUACGGGUUUGAUGCACCAAAGAAGAAGAAGGCUCCGCGUAAGACAUGCAACUGCUGGCCAAAAUGGUGUUUCAUGUGCUGUGGUUCGAGGAAGAACCGUCAAGCAAAGAAGGUGGCUGCGGAUAAGAAGAAGAAGAAUAGGGAAGCGUCUAAGCAGAUCCACGCUCUAGAGAAUAUUGAAGAGGGUAGCGUCACUAAAGGCUCUAAUGUAGAACAAUCAACGGAGGCGAUGCAGCUGAAGUUGGAGAAGAAGUUUGGUCAGUCUCCUGUGUUUGUUGCGUCUGCUCGUAUGCAGAACGGUGGGAUGGCUAGAAACGCAAGCCCUGCUUGUCUGCUUAAAGAAGCUAUCCAAGUCAUUAGUUGCGGAUAUGAGGAUAAAACCGAAUGGGGAAAAGAGAUUGGGUGGAUCUACGGUUCUGUUACUGAAGAUAUUCUUACGGGUUUCAAGAUGCAUUCUCAUGGUUGGAGGUCUGUGUACUGUACACCUAAGCUACCUGCUUUCAAAGGGUCAGCUCCAAUCAAUCUUUCAGACCGUCUUCAUCAAGUUCUUAGAUGGGCGCUUGGUUCCGUCGAGAUUUUCUUGAGCAGGCAUUGUCCUAUUUGGUAUGGUUAUGGAGGUGGUUUGAAAUGGCUCGAGAGGUUGUCCUACAUUAACUCCGUGGUUUACCCGUGGACCUCUCUUCCUCUGAUCGUUUACUGUUCUCUCCCUGCCAUCUGUCUUCUCACAGGAAAAUUCAUCGUUCCUGAGAUAAGCAACUAUGCGAGUAUUCUCUUCAUGGCGCUCUUCUCGUCCAUUGCCAUAACGGGUAUCCUCGAGAUGCAAUGGGGCAAAGUUGGGAUCGAUGACUGGUGGAGAAACGAACAGUUUUGGGUCAUAGGAGGUGUCUCUGCGCAUCUCUUUGCUCUCUUCCAAGGUCUUCUCAAGGUUCUUGCUGGUGUGGACACUAACUUCACGGUCACGUCAAAAGCAGCUGAUGACGGCGAGUUCUCAGACCUUUACCUCUUCAAAUGGACUUCACUUCUCAUCCCUCCAACGACUCUUCUCAUCAUAAACAUGAUUGGAAUCGUAGUUGGAAUCUCUGACGCUAUAAGCAAUGGAUAUGACUCAUGGGGACCGCUUUUCGGAAGGUUGUUCUUUGCACUUUGGGUGGUGAUUCAUCUUUACCCUUUCCUUAAAGGUCUGCUUGGGAAACAAGAUAGGAUGCCGACCAUUAUUAUCGUCUGGUCCAUCCUCAUUGCUUCUAUUCUUACACUUCUUUGGGUUAGAGUUAAUCCGUUUGUGGCGAAAGGUGGUCCUGUUCUUGAGAUCUGCGGUUUGGACUGCUUGUGAUUGGAUCGGUUGGUGAAAAAGGUUUGGUUCCCACGGUUCAAGAGAUGGUUAUAUACCUCUCUCAAGACUCCUUCACUGUGUUCAUUAGAUGUUGAAAAGGAAAAAAAAGUCUACUUUUUGCAAGAAUGUGUUGUAGAUAUAGAUGAAGAAGAAGAAAGAAGGUUGUUGUCUAUUUGUUUUGUUCUUUGGUUGUGAGAUAUAAAAGAUUUGUUUUCAAAUUAUUCUUUAAUUGAAUGUUUAUGUUCUCUUUUGAAUAUUACAUAAGAGGUGUUUCAGUCUGUAAUCUUUUUACGUAAAGAACUAUUUAUUUUCA